AUGAUCAGGAUGGCCGUGGCAUUGGCAGCGCUGGACCCCAGGGCUCAGGAUCCCUUCACUGAUGGAGCCUCUCGCUGGAACGCAGCGUACGCCAAAGGUUUCUUAAGGGACCCAGAAGUCCAGGUAGAGAUGCGACUGGUUGAGCACGCGGUAGAGGAGGAGGAAACCGCUUGCAUCCUGCCAGACUGGAAGCGAAGUUACACGUCCCGACAUGCGAUCCCAUGCAGCGACGAUGCGAUGAGAGGAGGGGGCUUGUUGGGAACAGACUGCCAUUUUACUGGCUGCGAUGGAGGCAGUGAAGAGGAGGAGUUGACCUCGGGCUCUGUCAUGAGGAGACUUCGCGCAUGCCUGGGGAUGAGAGAAGAAGAUCAAGUCGCAGAGGAAGCUGAGAGGAUGCUCAAGGUGUGGAUGGAGACAAGUAGUGGUUUGGAGGAACAUGUUUCCAGGCGGCAGCUCCGAAGCAAGUUGGAUCAAAACACCGAAGUUUUGCGCAAUCAGUCCCGUUGUGCUUCGUUCCAGGUCCAGAACAUGAUACCUUUUCUCUCAUUCCCCUCCUUCUCCUCCUUCAAACAACCACAUUCCGACGACGAUUCAGCCAUCUCAAGCACUGCAAGAACUUCGAACAAGAUUGAGAUGCCGGAGAGUUUGCAAAACAGAAUCGAAGAAGAAAGUGGAGAGCGAUCGGCCAGACUGUCUCAUGUUCACAUGUACACCAGUACAGUGAAGCAAGACAACUCCACUUCAGCGUCUAGUGGAGCAGAUGAAUCGUCGCACGAUCCGAGCGGGAGAUUGCUGGUAAGCUCCGAGCACAGACAAAGUCCAGCACCCCCACACCAUCCCCGGGAGCCUCGUUCCGAGAGGCUGUGGAGUCUGAAGCAGCGAGCACAGGAGGAGGAGGAGAGAGUCGUAGCAGAGAGAAGCUCGAGGCUCAGGUCGCAGACUCUCCGAGGAUGGUUGCAGUACGCGCGCAGGAGGACGAUGAUGUCGUUAAGACUGUCUCGCUGCCUGCAGACCAGGAAAGUGGCAGCAAUGAGGAGGAUCUUCUGCGAUCUUCGAGAGGCACAGAGGAGGAUGCUUGCGCUGUCGAGAGCCAAAGUGACGGGUUGGCAUUGCUGGUUGUCGGCAGGAUCGAAGGCAGAAACUCUCGUGAUGUGCAGGAGCUCUAGGCGAUGGAUGAAGCAUGCUGUGUUGAACAAGGUGACUGAAGAACCGCACGAGGGAUGUGGCGAUCUGACGGGGAGAUUGAUAGAACUUGCUACAGAGAGCAUGGCGUGA